UGCGCGCGGCCAUUCGGGCCCGGCUCGCCGAGGGGACGCGCCGCCGCCGCGGCCGCCGCGAUGGUGUCCUGGAUGAUCUCGCGGGCCGUCGUGCUGGUGUUUGGGAUGCUGUAUCCUGCAUAUUAUUCAUACAAAGCUGUGAAGACAAAAAAUGUGAAGGAAUAUGUUCGCUGGAUGAUGUAUUGGAUUGUAUUUGCUCUUUAUACAGUUACUGAAACAAUAACUGAUCUAACAAUCUCUUGGUUUCCACUGUAUUAUGAGCUGAAAAUUGCUUUUGUUAUUUGGCUCCUUUCUCCAUAUACUAGAGGGGCGAGUUUAAUGUACAGGAAAUUUCUCCACCCUCUUCUUUCUUCUAAAGAAAGGGAGAUUGAUGAGUACAUUGUACAAGCCAAAGAAAGAGGCUAUGAGACCAUGGUGAAUUUUGGAAGACAGGGGUUGAAUUUGGCAGCAACCGCUGCAGUGACGGCAGCUGUGAAGAGUCAGGGUGCAAUAACAGAGAAACUGAGAAGUUUCAGUAUGCAUGAUUUGACUACUAUACAAGGAGAUGAACCAGUAGGCCAGAGACCCUAUCAGACAUUGCCAGAAGCAAAAAAGAAAACCAGAGCCUCUGCAAAUGAAUCUGCAGGUUUUCCACUGGAAAAAAAUCCUGGAGAUGAUAAAACAGAUGAAGAGGUAGAAGGAACACAUUCAGAGGAUGAAAUGUUUGCUCAGAGAGGCCUUCGAAGAACUCAGAGCAUGAAGUCUGUGAAAACUAUUAAAGGACGUAAAGAGAUACGAUACGGAUCACUGAAAUACAGAGUAAAGAAGAGACCCAAUGUGUACUUCUAAGUUUACUGCACAAUGCCUGUGAGACAAGCUGCUGUAUUAUAACAACUUGAAUUCAGUACUUCAAGUGUUAAAGAUCUGUGUAUGAUUCAUAUAAUGAAUAUAUAUGAAUAGAUGUGGUAGGACUUGGUUUUAUGAGCCUAAAUGAUUGGGUAGUGUAUUACUCUGCUUUUCUGUAAUUGCUUAUUGUUAGACUUAAAUCUGGAGAAGCUAUAGGAUAAAUUUCAGCGCUUCGUAAAUAAGGAUUAAAUGAGUUACAGGAAACAGCCUGACUUUUCCAGAGGUAUUGAGCAGACUGAAAUAAUUACAAGUCCAAACAAAUUAGCAGAAGCUGUAAGUGUUUGGAGCUUGUGAAAGUCAAACCCAUAGUAUCCUCUAGUUUACGUGGAAAAAAAUAGGUAUACUUGAAAUAUUUUUCUGAACUACAGUUCCUGAAAAGUCCUUCAUGUAAUUUUAAAAUGUACAGUUUAAGGAACAGUGGGUAAUAAUGAGGAAGGAAAAACAAAGAUACAGUAUAUCCUUAAGAUCAUCUUUUCACCAUAUAUUUCCAAGCUUAACAAACUUGUGUAAUAGUAAUAGGUGCAAAAUGGGGGUACGUUUAGCACUUUAUGCAAAACUGUGUAGUUUUGCACACUUACUGAUUUAUAGCUGCACAUGUAAUUUUAGUGAAUUCUUAGGCAGGUUAGACUUAUAUUGUAGGCUUUUUAUAACUCACAUUGAUUGCUUAGGUACACUUAGGGUGCUGUAGAUAAUCGCAGCUAACACUUAACAAUAUUAUCAGGUGCCUUUCUGUGUCUUACAGGGCUGUGGUAUUAUCUGGUUUUUGUUUGUUUCACUCUUUUUUUUUUUUAACCUUCCUCUUCAACUAGAGAGAUGUAACAAGAUUUAACUUAGUUUUUGGUUAAAAUUGUGGUAAGUUUAACUUGUAGCAAUUCUGGUGACAGAUCUCAGGGAUCUGAGCAGCCCAUCUACUGCGUAGGAUAAGUCAUGCUGAAGUGGCAGCAUGUAUGAUAGAUCAUUCAGGCCCUGGUUUGGUUUUGCUCUGCGUACCUGUAAGAAUAUAUAUAUAUUUAGAACAUGUAUAUGUGUAUAUUUCUCAUGGUGUGUAGAUUCUAGAAUUGGCUAUGUAGUUUUUUACUGCUAAAAUUAUUACUAAAAUACUGACUUACAAAUAGCUUUUUCUAAAACUCUAGCACAUUGAAUCAGCCUUGUCAUAUCCUAAUGUCAGUGAUAUAACUAUUUGCACAGAGAUUAAUUUUGGAAUGCCAUACUUGUCAAAAUGACCUCUCGACAUCCCCUUCAAUGCUGUUUUCUGUAAUUCUGAGAAGUAGGCUGAUUUUAGUUUUCUAUGUGACUCUUUCUAGUGUGGAUACGGGGAGGACAAAUCCUCUUUUGUAGAUAGUAUUUUUUAUUAUGUGGCAUGGAUAGACAUAGGAUUAAUUUUCUUUAAGGGAAGAUGACGUGUUAUCCCUCCUAUCCUUGAUGCUCAGACUCCAAUCCUUAGACUUUCCCCCAGAUUUGACAGUCAUCUGCAAGUUUACUGCAAUGCUUUUAAACACCUGCUGCAGUUUUUCUUCAUAUUGUUACAGCCAUAGCAGUCUUGCUGCUGGUGGACACCUAAUAGCCUGUCAAUACAGACUGGCUUUUCUUUUCUGUAUAGUCUUCUGUAGACUGCCUUGGGCCAGGGUUUGAGUUAUGCGGAUAAAAAUGCAGCUGGUCUGUAUUGGCACUGUAUUAUUCAUUUGCUAUUAUUGUCCUUUAUAAGCCAAGUGCAGAGCCUUGGACAGAUGUAACAAUAUUGUUGGCACGGUGCUUUCAGUGUCCUCCAAGGAAGUUAAAUGCCUUUAGCAAGAAGCUGCAACAUUCCAUAUGUGAUCAAAAGGCCAAAGCUUUUUUUUCCCCCACUUCUCUCAAGAAUUUUGUUUCACAUGAGAAAUGAUUAGCAAGGUAGCAUCCUGGGGUGGGGCUUGCAGCUCAUGUCCCGUAAGUGUUUGCAGUUCUCAUCUACUUCCUUGAAUGUAGAAAUCACCUAAGAAGGGAAGGGCUGUUUAUGUAUUAAGGUGUGUAAGGUGUUAGGAGAAACAGAGGUUUUUGUAUUUGCAUCUCACCUCUCCUUGAACAUUAGGAUAACCUGGGCAUUGAGUAGAAUAUACAAAUCUUAUUCUCCAGUUGAGCACUUGCUGCCACAUCUUGCACUAGCUCCUAAUUUUGAUUGGUGAGAGUGGCAACAAAAUUGCCAUAGUUUUAGGAAUUAGAAUCCUGUGUGAAAGAGCUGGGAAAGCCCUUCUGUCAGAAUUCUAGUUCCUGUUACAGUUUCAUGUAGUCCUGUUUCUGGGCUUAUAUUCUUUUCUCAGUUCCAAGGAUAGAGGUCAUUUGAGUAAAAGGUUAGGCCUUAGCAUGCUGGUGGUCAAUAAGUUGCUUUAUGCAUUGUUACAUACUUAGGGCUGUAACCUCUGACAAAUGCAGCUUGCUAGUUAGGUAGUGACAGGCUGCACAAACCCUCCUGUUCCUGAAAUGCAUAUGGGACUAGGAAAGCCAGCAGUAUUAUUCAUGUUAAUUACUGUUUCCAUAUAAAUAUAUUUGUGUUCUCUCAGACAUCAUCUUAAGUGAUAAAACAUCCAGUGUUUUCCUAGCUGUUCUUUUGGUCUACCGCCCUGCAUUGGGUUCUGCCUCCCCCCAGCAGCUCGAUUCUUCUCUUUGCAUUCAUCCUGGAACCACUUCCUGAUAUCUUCAAGUUGUUUUUCCUUCCUGUUCGUUGUCAGCAGAUCUUUCACAGGGCUCAGUGGCCUGAUGAGCUUUCACCUAGAUUAUGCAUAUUUCUUGUUGAAUUUAGUUGAGUUUGGUUUGGGAGUAUCUUAAACUUUGUGGAUUUUCAACCUUUUUUGUUUUUGCCUUAGUAACUGCAGAGGUCAUCUGCUGAGAUCUACCCAGUAAAAUUCUGGGAAGAAAGUUAAACUAAAGAAAGUUAAUUUUUUUUCAUUUUGGAAUUUUAACUAUAUAGUUGUUGUGAACAAAACGUUUCCUGAGAAUUGACUGACUGCUACCAACAGAACUGCUAAGACAGGUAAAGAAAAGGUUACGCAGGGGUCAAAGGAAGUUUAAAACAGAAUAUGUGUUUCCUGUUUAAUUAUGUAUUCUGGAAAUGCUCCAAAACUUUGUAUCUGAACUGACUCAGACUUGUCAGCAAGAGCGCGUGCUGUACGUAUUCAAAUACACCGUUUGAGACAAGGGUUCACCUGAUGGCCUCAGUUGCAAACACACUGUCUGGACUGUGAUUACAAGGUAAUUGCCAAUAUUUGCUAAUGAAUGCUAAUUGCUUAGCUGCGUCAGAAUGCUAUCCAGUGUACUUUUUGCGGGCUGUAAUGAGUUUUAAAAUGAAUACAAGGUAAUUUAGUUAAGCAGAAUGGUGGAGUAAGUGCUAGAUGCAUUUAACAUGCUGUUAAUAACAAAAAAUAUGUUUUAUUUUGGUGUUACUUUUAUUAAUGGGAAGUUGGUAUUUUAAAGUAUUUUUGUACAAAAAUGUAUGUGCACAAAGGCAAUACUUUGAUAUUUUUCAAGAACUCAUAUUUUUAAAUGCUACAGACCAGAGACUGUCAGACAUGGAAACUGAAGUUAGUAGCUUUAAAAAAUGCAAUGUAAGCUUUACUUUUUAUAUUGUAAUGAUAACUUUGCUGUCAAUUUGUUUACACGUUUGUAGUAGGGAAUGUUUCAUUACGCAUUGACUUACCUUGAUGCUACCUUGAAUAAACGCUGCUUUGAGCAGGA